AUGUUGGACUUUGUCUUCUCCAUCACCACCAUCUUCCUCUUCGUCGGUGCGGCCUUCUCUGCUGUCUUGCCCUCUGUCGCCAAGUCCGACAUCAUCUUCGCCCCCAUCGUUCCCACUUUUAUGCCCCGUUCCGAUGCUCUCUGUCUCUCCCGCGGUAACAGCACCGCUCCGGAGCCGUCUUCCAACUCUCUUUCGGGCUUCGCAGAGGACGCCAAGUACAGCUCGUUGGCCUUGUCUGCCCCCGUCCCCACCGGCUACGCUCUCGCCAUGAGCAACGCAGACUGUGCCUUCGCGUCCACCAAGUACAUGCUGUAUGUUCAACUAAAAUCAUACAAUUCGAAGACAUGUGCCGAACUCUGCAACAAGUACGAAGGUUGUGACUCCUUCAACAUUUACAUCCAGCGCGAUCCGUCCGUAGUUCCCGGACCUGCUUGCCCCAAUCCUGCUCCCAUCUUCGUCACCAAGUGUGCCCUCUAUUCAGAGCCUGAACAGCUUUCUUCGUGCACAAAUUUCGGUCAGCACGUUGGCCCAGUCGAUGCUGACGGUGAAGCUUUCAAGAUUGCUAUGCGUGGCUCUAACGCAUACAAGAAAGUUUCCCCAGUUAGAGAGGUCUUCGUAACUGUCACAAAGACUGAGACCAUUUUUACUGGCAACCAGAAGGACCGCAGGACUCUGUUUGAAUACCCUACUCCCUCCGAGUAUGAUGCCACUACUACUGUCAGGAUCCCCAAGACUACCCCUGAAUAUGUGCAUGUUGGCUCUGAGACCGUUAUUACUCCAGCUGGUGCUAUCACUACGACCAUCACCCUACCCCGUCCUGUCGUUACCACCACCACCACUACCACCCUCGACAGCCCCGAUCCCACUACCACUACCGCUACAGCUAUCAAUCAUUCCGGCCCCAUGGUGACCGUCACCUAUGCUGGUCCUGACACUACAGUUACCGUCUACAGCAAGCGAGACAUCGCCGCCCCCCAGUUCAAAGGCAAAGAAGAAGGAGAAGAGCGUUGGAAUGCUUGGACCAAGGAGUGGAGGCCUGCGCCACAUUGCUGCGAUAUCACGACCACCGCCACUCGUAUUGGCACCCGCCGCCCCCAUCACGUUCUUCCAAGCUAUGUCCCUCGUAGUGUUGUUGAAGGAGAAUUUGUUGCUGUGUAUCCUACUCCUACCACUUUUUCUGGUGGACGUAAGACCUACACAUUGGAGUUUGCUGGUCGUACUUCAACCAUUACCACAACACUUACCCACGAAUGGCAGCCCGCCACCAUCGAAGCUGGUACUUACACUGCGAGCCUCAGUUUUAUCGAUCAUUCCAAGCGCCCUAGCGCCACUGCGACAGAUGUCACUGACAUGACUAUCCUUAGUCAUGAGCCUAUGAAGACAAUCACUCUUGAUGACUCGUACACGUACACUGGACCUACCAAUGUACCUAUGAAGACGAUCACGCUUCGGGCUUAG